AUGGAAGGAAAGGAGAAAGGAAUGGAUAGAUGGGUGAAUGAAUGGGUAAAAGAUGGGGUGACAGGAGGAGAUGGUGAUGGAGGAGGAGGUGGUGGUGGUGGAGGGACUGGGCAACUGGACUUCACUGAUCCAUUUGGAAAAAGUCUGAAGACCAAACAACAGUCCGUCGUAUCCCAUGCCAACAUUUUCGGAUUAUUUAUUGUUGAUUGA